UUACAGCAAUCACUUUUCUUCUUCUAUAAAUACCUCACCAUGCAUCUAAACAUAAGCGUGUCAAAACUUGAAACCCAUUUCUGCAGUCAUGUCUUCCCGAUCACAGAAACCACUCUCCGUAUUCUCCCCAGUACUCUUGUUCAGCCUUAUUCCUUUGUUUCUCCUUUAUUUUCAUGUCCAUGUUUUUGCUUUCCAUGCAACUUCUUUUGCUGCUGCUAAAAAUGAAGUAACACAAGGGGCUAAGGAGACGGAUGCUCUUCUAAGAUGGAAAGCCACUCUUGAUAAUCACAGCCAAUCUAUUCUGUCCUCUUGGACUGGAGGCAGACAUUGCAAUUGGUCUGGUAUCAUUUGCAAUAAGGCCGGAAGCGUUGUCAAUAUAAGAGUUAUAGAUUCCGGUUUGAAAGGUACGCUUCAGAGUCUCAGCUUCUUGUCCUUUCCCAAUCUCAUCGAGCUUAUUCUCCGCAACAACUCACUCUAUGGUGCCCUUCCUUCACACAUUGGUAAUCUUUCCAAGCUCAACACCAUUGAAUUGUCAUACAAUAAUCUCUCUGGAAAAAUUCCACCUGAAAUAAGCUCACUGGCAAGUCUUAGAUACUUUUCCCUCGCUGUGAACCAUAUAAAUGGAACCAUCCCUCCAGAAAUUGGGGUCCUUACUUCACUUUAUGGGGUCUGGUUUCACCGUAAUUAUCUUACGGGCACAAUCCCUGCUUCAAUGGGAAAUUUGGGCAACUUAACUGAUCUUUACAUCAAUGAUAACGAUCUUUCUGGCUCCAUACCACCGGAUGUUGGAAUGAUGAGAUCUCUUGGUACGCUCGAUUUGUCGAGCAACAGACUUAGUGGUACAAUCCCUGCAUCCAUGGGAAACUUAAGCAACUUGGGAUAUCUUUACCUUUACGGUAAUGAACUUUCUGGUUCAAUCCCCAUGGAAUUAGGAAUGCUUGGAAAUCUUUACGCGCUUCAGCUUUUAAGCAAUAAUCUUAAUGGUGCAAUCCCAAAUUCUAUAGGAAACCUCACAAAGCUAUCAACUCUUUAUCUUAGUAGCAACAAACUUUUUGGUUCCAUUCCUCCAGAAGUCGGGAUGUUAACAUCAAUCACUGUCCUUGCAUUGGGCUCUAAUGAACUCUCUGGAACUCUCCCUCCAGAGAUGGGCAACCUUACUCUCUUAAAUUCAUUUCAAGUAUCUGGAAACAGAUUGAUGGGCCAUUUACCUGAAGAUAUAUGCCUUGGUGGACAACUUCAGCUUGUCGGUGCAUCUGCAAACAAUUUCACGGGUCCUAUCCCAAGAAGCCUGAGAAAUUGUAGCAGCUUGUUGAGACUUCGCCUUGAGAGAAACCAACUCGCAGGAAAUGUAUCUGAAGAUUUUGGUUUUGGUGUAUAUCCUAACCUGGUCUAUUUGGAUUUAAGCGAUAACCAAUUAUAUGGCGAGCUUCCAUGGAAAUGGGAAGAAUUCCGGAAUUUGUCGGCAUUAAAAAUCUCAAACAACGAGAUCUCUGGCACAAUACCAGCUGACAUCAGAAAGGCACCUCAAUUGCAAUUACUUGAUCUCUCAUCAAAUCACCUUGCAGGGGUGAUUCCAAAGGAAUUGGGGGAGUUAAAUUUGUUUAAACUUUAUCUUCAUGAUAACAAGCUUUCAGGCACAAUUCCUGCAGAAAUAGGAAUGUUAUCUGCUCUUGAAGACCUUAACAUGGCAGCAAACAAUCUAAGCGGAACAAUUUCAAAGGAGAUCGGGAAGUGCUCAAGACUGUUGUUCUUGAACCUCAGCAAGAACAAGCUUACAGAGCGCAUUCCUUCAGAAAUAAGCUAUUUGCACUCUCUACAAAGCCUUGAUCUCAGUCAAAAUUUGCUCAUAAAUGAGAUACCACAACAACUUGGAGGUUUGCAAAGACUAGAGACGUUGAACCUUUCUCACAACUUGUUGACAGGUUCCAUUCCAUCUUUCGAUUAUUUAACAAGCUUGACGAAUGUGGAUAUAUCCUACAAUGAGCUGCAGGGUGAAAUUCCAAACAUUAAAGCCUUUCGGGAGGCUUCAUUUGAAGCGUUGAGAAACAACAAAGACCUGUGCGGUAAUAACACCAGACUAAAGUCUUGUGGUUCUCUCGCAGUGAACAAAACAAUAGGAAAAAAGGGCAAAAAGGCUGUCAAUCAUCUAAUUGUUUUUCCUCUCGUGGGUAGUCUGCUUCUAUUGUUUAUCUUGGUUGGAUGUUUCUUCUUCAUCCAUCACAGAAACGGAAAAGCCAAGUCAACUGAGGGGAAACAUUGCGAAGAUAUGUAUGCAAUAUGGAGCCAUAUUGAUAGAAAUAUGCAAUAUGAAAACAUUAUUGAGGCUACAGAGGAGUUCAAUUCCAAGUAUUGCAUUGGGGUAGGAGGUUAUGGAAUUGUCUACAAAGCUGAGCUGCCAAAUGGUCAAGUGGUUGCUGUGAAGAAAAUUCAUCAAUCACCAAAUGGUGAGGUGGCUGAUUUGAAAGCAUUUACUAGUGAGAUUUCUGUGUUGACAAACAUACGUCAUCGGAACAUUGUGAAGUUAUAUGGGUUUUGUUCGCAUGUCAGACACUCAUUUUUGAUAUACGAAUUCAUAGAAAGAGGAAGUUUGAGAAAAAUUUUAAGCAACGAGGAAGAAGCAGUGGAGUUAGAUUGGAGUAAGAGGCUAAAUAUUGUUAAAGGAAUAGCAAAUGCUUUGUCUUACAUGCACCAUGACUGCUCUCCGCCAAUUAUCCACCGAGACAUUUCCAGUAACAAUAUUUUGUUGGAUUCAGAGUUUGAGGCCCAUGUCUCUGAUUUUGGCAUAGCUAGGUUGCUGAUGCCUGACUCCUCAAAUUGGACCUCAUUUGCGGGCACAGUCGGGUACACAGCACCAGAGUUGGCAUACACAAUGGCAGUCAAUGAAAAAUGUGACAUCUAUAGCUUUGGUGUGGUCACACUCGAAAUACUAAUGGGAAAACAUCCAGGAGAUGUUGUCUCAUCUCUUUCAUCUUCAACUCCACCAAUUGACCAACAAACACUUAUGAAAGAUGUGAUUGAUCAAUGCCUGCCAACUCCUAAAAAUAAAGAUGCUGAAGGAGUGAUCCAUGUUGCAAAACUAGCACUUGCAUGCCUGAGUACAAAUCCUCAAUCUCGACCAACCAUGAAACAAGUUUCUUCAAAGUUGAUGAUGGCCCAGUGGCAUCCAUUAACAAAGGUAUUCUCUCAAAUAAAAUUGGGACAAAUUUUGGUCCACGAUGGGUUCAAUGCCUAAGCAAUUAUGGGAAAUUAAGAUCUUUGUCUUUUUUUUUUUUUUCUCUGCAAACCUUGUAUUAUAUAUUUGGUUGGAGCAAAAAUGUAAAAUUGAUAUUUUUAAUAGACCUGAUCUUGACUUGGGCAGUUGUAAAUUUUAAAUCAUAAUCACAAUUAUAGUUCUAGUAACCUUUGCUAUUGCAGAAGUUAGACUUUAAUUUUAA